AGAGAGAGAGAGGAGAGAGAGCGAGUGAGUGAGAGAGUGAGAGAGAGAGAGAGAGAGAGAGCAAGACCUGGGAGAAGAGCAACGAGAGAAAAAGAGGAGAGAAAAACGGAACAACGACACAAAUGGCACUCAUGGCAGGGAUUUUGUUCACGGCCACCUUUCUUGUUUUUGGGAUUUCUACAUUUGUUUCGCCGGCACGGAUAUACCCCCCAAAUGAAGUCACGUUACUGGACUCCAGAUCUGUACAGGGGGAGCUGGGAUGGGUCGCCAACCCGACAGAAGGAGGGUGGGAGGAAGUGAGUAUUAUGGAUGAAAAGAACAUUCCCAUCCGGACGUACCAGGUGUGUAACGUCAUGGAGCCAAACCAGAACAACUGGCUCCGCACUGACUGGAUCCCUCGAGGCGGUGCCCAGCGUGUCUACAUUGAGAUCAAGUUCACCCUCCGAGACUGCAACAGCCUCCCGGGGGUCAUGGGAACCUGUAAGGAAACCUUCAACCUGUACUACUACGAGUCCAACAAUGACAAGGAGCGCUACAUCCGUGAGAACCAGUUUGGCAAGAUCGAUACCAUUGCUGCAGACGAGAGCUUCACCCAGGUGGACAUCGGCGAUCGCAUCAUGAAGCUGAACACAGAAGUCCGGGACGUGGGCGCCUUGACCCGGAAGGGCUUCUACUUGGCCUUCCAGGAUGUUGGAGCAUGCAUUGCGCUUGUGUCCGUCAGGGUCUUCUACAAGAAAUGUCCUUUAGCGGUGCGUAACUUGGCCCAGUUUCCCGAUACCAUCACUGGAGCCGAUACCUCUUCACUUGUGGAAGUUCGUGGCUCAUGCGUGGAUAAUUCAGAGGAGAAGGAGGUUCCCAAGAUGUACUGCGGGGCUGACGGAGAGUGGCUGGUACCCAUUGGGAAUUGCCUGUGUAACCCUGGAUACGAGGAGCGCAAUGCAGAAUGUCAAGCCUGUAAGAUUGGCUACUACCGUGCUCUGGCCACUGAUGGCUCCUGUUCCAAGUGUCCGCUCCACAGCUACUCCGUCAGGGAGGGAUCCACCUCCUGCGUCUGCGACAAGGCAUACUUCCGCUCUGAAACUGAUCCUGCAUCCAUGCCAUGCAGCCGCCCUCCGUCGGCGCCCGUCCACCUCAUCUCCAAUGUGAACGAGACCUCUGUAAACUUGGAGUGGAGCCCGCCCCGGAGCACAGGAGGACGCCAGGACUUAACGUACAAUGUGGUGUGUAAGCGUUGCGGGCCCGACGGACGACGCUGUCAGCCCUGCGGCAACGGCAUCCACUUCAGCCCCCAGCAGCUCAGCCUGAAGGGAACCAGGGUGUCCAUCAACGAGCUACAGGCCCACACCAACUACACCUUCGAGGUGUGGGCAGUGAAUGGAGUCUCGCCUCAGAGCCCCGGGCCGGAACAGGCUGUGUCCGUGACCGUCACCACCAACCAGGCCGCUCCCUCACCAGUGACUUCCAUCCAGGCGAAGGAUAUCACAAGACACACCAUCUCACUGGCCUGGCAGCCACCAGAUAGAGCCAAUGGGGUCAUCCUGGAGUAUGAGGUCAAGUACUAUGAGAAGGACCAAAAUGAAAGAAGCUACAGGAUCAUAAAAACCUCUUCUAGGAACACUGACAUCAAGGGUCUCACCCCCCUCACUUCCUACGUGUUCCACGUGCGUGCUCGUACGGCGGCCGGCUAUGGGGAAUUCAGCGGCCCAUUUGAGUUCAUGACCAACUCCGUCCCAGCUCCCAUUAUUGGUGAUGGGGCCAACUCCACAGUGUUACUGGUGUCCGUGGUGGGCAGCGUGGUUCUCCUCAUCAUUCUCAUCAGCGCUUUCGUCAUCAGCCGAAGAAGGAGUAAGUACAGCAAGGCCAAGCAGGACUCUGACGAGGAGAAGCACUUACAUCAAGGAGUGAGGAUAUACGUCGACCCCUUUACCUACGAGGACCCAAACCAAGCAGUCCGCGAGUUUGCCAAAGAGAUCGACGCCUCCUGUAUCAAGAUUGAGAAAGUUAUUGGCAUUGGGGAGUUUGGCGAGGUCUGCAGCGGCCGCCUGAAGAUGCCGGGCAAGAGAGAGAUCUGCGUAGCCAUCAAGACGCUAAAGGCCGGCUACACUGACAAGCAGAGGAGGGACUUCCUGUCCGAGGCCAGCAUCAUGGGCCAGUUCGACCACCCGAACAUCAUUCACCUAGAGGGCGUGGUCACCAAAUGUAAGCCAGUGAUGAUUAUCACAGAGUACAUGGAAAACGGAUCGCUGGAUGCAUUCCUGAGGAAGAACGACGGUCGCUUUACCGUUAUCCAGCUCGUCGGCAUCCUGCGCGGAAUUGCAUCAGGCAUGAAGUAUCUGUCAGACAUGAGUUAUGUCCACCGUGACCUGGCGGCUCGCAACAUCCUGGUCAACAGCAACCUGGUGUGCAAGGUGUCCGACUUCGGCAUGUCCCGAGUGCUGGAGGACGACCCGGAGGCUGCAUACACCACCAGGGGAGGGAAGAUCCCCAUCCGCUGGACGGCCCCCGAGGCCAUUGCUUACAGGAAGUUCACCUCGGCCAGCGAUGUGUGGAGCUAUGGAAUUGUCAUGUGGGAGGUUAUGUCAUACGGCGAGCGACCAUACUGGGACAUGAGUAACCAAGAUGUGAUCAAGGCUAUUGAUGAGGGCUAUCGGCUGCCCCCGCCCAUGGACUGCCCUGUGGCACUCCACCAGCUCAUGCUGGACUGCUGGCAGAGAGAGAGGGCUGACCGGCCAAAGUUUGGACAGAUCGUCAACAUGCUGGACAAGCUGAUCCGCAACCCCAACACCCUGAAGAGGACUGGGGGCGAGACCACUGUCAGGCCUAACACCACCCUGCUGGAGCCAGGGAGCCCCGAGGCGUCCUCGGCCGUGGGCACAGUGGAGGACUGGCUGCAGGCCAUUGGCAUGGAAAGAUACAGCGACAACUUCACCGCUGCUGGCUACACCACUCCAGAGGCUGUGGUCCACAUGACACAAGAGGAUAUGGCUCGCAUAGGCAUCUCCUCGGCAGCACACCAGAACAAGAUCCUGACCAGCGUCCAGGGAAUGCUGUCCCAAAUGCAACAGAUGCAAGGCAGAAUGGUUCCCGUCUGAGAGGUUUAAACAAAGCGAAAGGAAAAGGAAGCAAAGCGACUUCGUUUCUUAUGAAAAAAAAAUAAAUAAAUAACAAAAAAGAUUAAAUAUUAAAAAAAGAGACAAAUAAACUAUGAAGAAAUAGUUUACCUCAUCCAUGCACUUUAAAUUGGAUCUAAAAGAAAAGAAGAUGUUGAUGAAGAAGAAAAAAAAGUGGUGAAAAUGGCACUUUUUUAAAAAUCAGACCUUUACCUUGCCCUUUUUUCGUUGUUUUGGAGAAUGGGACACUUCUGUCUGCAGCAUUUAUGGAUAGAUGGAGGGACGGCUGGAAAAGUGCUUCCGAGAGGCCAAUCUGGAGUGCCUUUAAUGGUCUGGAAGGAAAAGCGAGGAAGGGGGGGAUCGUACCUUUCUUCCUCUUCUUGGGCAGAGUGUUGUUUCUGGAACUUUCUUUCUGGAAUAAUCCGCGGAGCAGAUUUUUUUGAUUUCCUGUGACUGUGUUUAUUGUACAUGAAUUGUUUCUGUGGGACUCGCAGGCUGCCCCGGCCACCAUUGUUCUCUCUCAGCUGGAUCUGUUUGAUAUCACGCAGACAAAAUGGAGAAUCCUGACUGUCGUAUAUAAACAGUGAAUCUCUGAGAGGUUGAGGGUUGGAUACCGAGGGGUGCAGGGAGGGCUUAUUUUGAGGAGCUUUUUGUGUUUUUCGCUCUGUUCUGGCCUUGUUUUUCUCCCAGAACGCUGUACUUUGUUGCCCUCAGGACAUUGCUGAGAAUGUCUUUGAUCUUCCAGAGGAGCCUUCCCACUCCCCUGUCUCCAAAAAUGCCUCCCUCACCCUCAGAUAAACACACAAUUUGGA